ACAUUUUGACAUUUGUUAUACCCGCCACUCUCUCCAUUUGUUUUAUUAUUUUUUUAAUAAAACUAAAAGAGCUGAUGAGAGUGAGAGGAAGUGAUGCUUUUAAACAUAUGAGAGUGAGAAUACGAAACCCUAACAAUCGUGCCACCAUUCAUCUCCACAGCGAAGCCAUUUUUGCCUCCGAUUGAGCUUUUGCGACUUGAUUCUUCGGUCUCGAUCUGAAAUUUGUCACCGCCAUAAGCGACGUCGUUGUUGUUGGCCUCCGACUGUGCUUCUGCGAUUUGGUUUUUCUUCUUUGUGAAUCACUAAUUACUAAUUUGAUCUACUUCAUCUUCUUAUUUGAAUUUUUCUAAUUAGAUCUUCAUAUUUUUGAUCUGGUUCAUGUCUAUAAAGCUGACGAAUUUGUUGCUAAUAUAUUCCCAAUCGCAGAUUUUUAGUUUCGUAACUGAUUUUUCAUUUGAUUAUUAGAUCUCUAUUUGUAACUAAUAUUUUGUAACUGAUUGCUAAUAUUUUUCAUUUGAUUUUUAGUUUCGUAACAGAUAUUUCGUAACUGAUUGUGAUAUUUGAAUUAUUAGAUCCAUUUUCUGAUUCUCAAUUUUUGUUUCAAUGUAUCGAUUAGCUUCCAAGCUAGCCUCCUCCAUCACUUCGUCGACCUCAUGGAGCGUUAUACACUGCGUGGUUAUUUCAAGUAGAAACUAUACGAGCAAAGACAUCAACUUUGGCGUUGGAGCUCGUGCUACAAUUCUUCAGAGUGUCACUAAGGUUGCUAAUGCUGUCAAAGUUACCAUGGGACCCAAGGGUCGUAAUGUAAUUAUUGAGAAAAGUUAUAGGAACCCAAGGAUCACAAAUGAUGGUGUGACAGUAGCUAAGAGUAUCAAAUUUCAGGAUAAGGCUAAGAACAUUGGUGCUGAUCUUGUUAAGCAGGUUGCCAAGGCUACCAACACUGCUGUUGGAGAUGGUACAACUUGUGCGACUGUGUUAAGUCAGGCAAUACUGACAGAAGGUUGCAAAUCGAUCGCAGCUGGUGUAAAUGUCAUGGAUUUGCGUAAUGGAAUAAAUAAGGCAGUUGAUGCUGUAAUUACUGAUUUGAAAAGCAGGGCAGUAAUGAUAAGCACACCUGAAGAGAUAACCCAGAUCUUUGUACCCAACAUAAAUUAUCUCACUGUUAGGACUAAGGUGUGUUUGAUUUUAUACAAACUGAGGUCCAUGGUUUAAACUUGAACUAUGCCACAUGGUUUCUGGCAUUUUCACUGUCUCACGAAUAAAUGUUUGUGUUCUCUGCUGACAUUAAACCAUUGUAAGAGUCAAACAAUGGACGGAAGGUCAAGAUAGGAGUUGGAGUUGGAGUCUCAGUUGGCGUAUUAUGUGGCCUUCUCUUAGCAUUCUGUUUGAUAUGGAAAAGACGAAAAAUGGCCACUCUAAAAGAGACUAAUGCAGCAUUAAAGGAUCAGUCCAAGAAAGAACAAGAGGAAGAUCCAGAGGUUCCAUUAUAUGACCUAUCAGUUAUAGCUUCUUCCACUAAUAACUUUUCACACAAAAAUAAGCUUGGAGAAGGUGGUUUUGGACCUGUGUUUAAGGAACAUUAGAAAAUGGGCAAAGAAUUGCAGUUAAAAGACUUUCAGCUAGUUCCGGACAAGAGAUCAAGGAAUUUAAGAAUGAAAUUGCCUUGAUAGCCAAACUUCAGCAUCGUAAUCUUGUAAAGCUUCAUGAAUAUUGCAUGUUAAAAAGCUAAUUAAAAAGCUUUGAUAGGAAGAGUGGUGUUAGGGGAUCUUAAUCAAAGUAAAUAAAAAGAUAGAUGCCGGGUUUAAAGAAGGGAUUAAUGUGCUUUGGUUUCUAAUUUUGUGUUUUUCUAACUGGUUGUCAACUGUCAAGAAGGCUUAGGGUGUUCGUUAGUGGGUACCUUCUUGAAAUCACUUGUGAAUGCAUCCCUGGUUGCCAAGAAGGUUUUCUCUCUCUCUCACUCUCAAACACACACACACACACUCUACUUUCUCUCUCUAAAUAUUGUUUUGUUUAUGAAUGUGCAUAUGUGUUAUGUGAGGGUUAGUCUUUUUUGAUAUAUAUAUUUAAAUUGUAUGUUGAAUUGUCUCAGUUAAAUUUUGCAACUGAGAAACAAAGAAGAGAGCAAUUGAAUGGCAAAUACAAAAUACUGAGAAGUCUUUUCCCAAGCCCCACAAAGAAUCCUUGACUUUUUGUAUUGGCGAUGCUAAAACCUCUUAAAUAAAAUUGGUUAGCUUGUUUUCUUAGAUUAUUGAUAACUUGGAACAAAGAUUUUACAAGAAUUUACGUAAUGAAAACUUGGCUUCAGAGAAUGUUGUCUUAUGUAUAUAUAAAAAAUUGUUAUAGUUGUAUAUUUAUAGUUAAAAAAU